GAGAAAUCCGUCAUUUCCGAGUCACCCUUCCCUGGUCAUGCGUGGCAUAUCUAGGAUCUCUGCAUUCGCCGUGAAACAAAAAUAAAAAUAAGAUUACAUAUUCACCGAUGGUUUCCACUGACGAUACGUCGAAGCAGAUUUCCGCGAUGCAGAAAGACCGUACGCGAGGAGCGUGGCGAGCGCGAAAGUGGAGAAAAUGAAAGAAGAAGCGCUCGACCCUUGAUCUUCCGCGAAAAUGGGAAUUAAUUGGGCGUUAAUUAUAGGGGAGAAAGCUACGGGAUCGCGCACAAGGUCUCUGAGGAAAUACGAGGACGCGUCGGGACAGGACGAGACACACUACGACGAAAAUGCGAAGCGAGAUCGAUAGAACUCGUCGGCGUGAUUCUGCCGCGGAGUGCGCCGAAUUUCGUAAGCAAAUGAUGAAAACAACAACGAUAGGAAAUCUUAAUUAAUACGCUGGCGCGACGAUCGCUCGCAACUCGCUCGUGACACUUUUAUUUUCGCCAGCACGCGCCGCUGCUACCUGACACGUUUGGUCACACCUCGUGACUGCAGGGACGCAGCUGUAAAAAUUGAUUAACACGCCGCUAUCUGAUUUUGGUCGCGAUUAAUCCCUCCGCGCAUUCCUCUCUCCAAGUCCUGAAGAACGACAGGACGAAUCAACCAAGUGCGGUUACUCGUUUCUGGCUUCUGAUCAAGCGCGUCGACGACAAAUCUGCGAACGAAUGGAAGCGUGAGGAGCUUCACCACGACAGGUGGAGGCGACUUUUUCUUUUCACUGCAAGGGAGCUCCGUGUUUGUCCCUGGAGGGUGGCUAUGCGCCAGCAUCCCAUGCAUGACCGCCAUAUAAUAGGUGAAACUUGACAAAUUAGAGAGCCACUUUCGCGUCAUCUCCGCAGCGGACAGUCGUCGAAUUUGCCGCGACUCACAACGUCGGAACUGAUACGCAUAAUUCGAUAACUCGGCAUCCGAGGCACUUUGAGCUGCGUUGGGAAGUGCGUUAAGUAUUCACGGUCUCAUUUGGACGUCCUCAUCCGUCGCGACUAUGACGCUCAUCAUCCUGAUCCUCUCCGUCGUCGUGGCUGUUUGUUGUGCCUUGACGGAGAAAACUGAAUUUCAACCUACAACUGAACUCUCGAAGAAACACUCGGCGGAAGAUCGACUUCUCGCGAACGUCGUUCGCGCCGAGAACUCGUCGCAGCUGAUCCCCGACAAGAGCGACGAGGAAGAGCUGAAGACGACAGACAAGAAGCCGAGAACAGUCAUACAUCGUGAUUCGAGCCUCGACUCCAGAGGUUCUAGCUGUUGCGGCUCCAGGCACAGUUCCAGCGGGUUCGCGCGACCCGACCACAAUUACAACAAGAUCCCCGUUGAAACCGGACGGUACCCUUCUCAGUACGGCGAGCGGCACCCUAUCGACAGGUUCGGAUGGCAAACUCAAUCUCGACCUUCGAGUUCCACCGCGAGCGGCGGCGGUAGACCGUCAGGAGGCGGCGGAAGUUACAGCGGAAACGGAGUUUACGCGGGAAGCCAGUCGGGUGAUAGAUAUGGAUCGCGACCUGCAUACGGAAGUGAGAGCACUAACAGACCUGGCGCUUCGGGCUACGGCUCGGGGAACAGCGGUGGAUUUGGCGUUAGUACCUGGGGUUUCAGCAGGCCGACCGGAUACGGAGGUCCAGUCGGAGGCGGUGGCGGCGGUGGCUAUGGGAUUUCGGGCACGUUGGCCGACGGUGACGAAUUCGGUCCUGGCGACCCGGUUUUCUCGGACGGAAACGCAUCGCAACAUCCCGGAAAUGUCCAGGCACAAAAGGCCGUAGCUUUGAAAGCUCUAGCUGGCGUCGCAUUGAUCGGCGCAGCAGCGGCAUUAGCUUCGAAUCCGGUGCUCCUACCAAUCGGCAUCGUGGCGGGAAGAAAAAAGCGGUCGGAGAGCUUCUCGGAGGAGGUGCAGCCCGAAGUCCAAACGGAUUACAUCAUACAUAUGUUGAGGGAAAAUUUAGCUAAGAUACAAAAAGAUGGCUCGAGCAAUCGACUGAUCGUCUCUCCGAGAUGUGUCGCCAGAUUGACCUGCGAGAUUCAGAAGGACUAUUUGUCUGACCUCGGCAAGGAUUUCGAGAUCGUAAACACGCAACGGAAACAAUAUCUUACCAAUUUGAUACGAAACAACGUUCUCAAUACCGCUUCUGUGAGCGUGAAUGUAAAGAACCUGAUCAAAUUGGCCGUCGGCGUCGCGACAGAGGACAAAAACUGCGAUGUGUUUUCCUGUAGUUACAUAAGGAAAGGUUGAAUGCUAAAAUUAUUUUUAAGCAUCUCGUAUUAUUAUAUAUAUCAUUCGUCCCCCCUUCUGAAACAAUAUAGUUCGUAUUUUAAAUAUUCACUAUAAUAUAUAAAAUUGUAUAUUACAGUUAAUAUCUAAAAUACGAGCUAAAUGGCGCGCGCUUAUUUCGUUAUACUUUAUUCAGUCAAACACAAUGAUAUCACAAUGCCGAUCUCCAGCAACUACCAAGGUCUAAUGUAUUUAUAAUUUUAGAAAUAUUUCAUUAAUUUUAACUAUAGCUUAAUUUCUAUUAUAUCUUGAACGUUUCUCACGAGUCUAUAAUUUUGCAUCUUUAAUAUACUUGUCACGAAUUUAAGAUUGAAGUUUGUUUUCUAUUCAGAUAUAAUUAGACCCAAUUUGGAAGAAUUAUUCUUUAUGAUCACAGCAUAAGAAUAGAACUAAGAGCGGUA